AUGCAAAUCUUGCGACAAUUCAUUGCAGCGGAGGAACUGAACUCGCUGGUGGGAGAUGCUUUCCGAAUGGCGUUCGCGUCGCAGCUGCAGCCCUCCGCACCGCUCUGGAGCAGGGAGCUAAGUGGAAGCGACUGCGGCAUGGGUGUGCGUGCGCCCGACACACUGCCCGGCCUGACGCAUCAUUACCCACAUUGUGGUGACAGAUCCCCAAUGAAAUGUGACAGAAUGGGUGUUUCAAAACUAGUAAACGAGCCUAGCCCGAGCAGUUCGGAGGAGUCGAACUCGCCAACAGAGAUCAAUUGCUACAGGCGCCUUGGCGAGCGGCCCCCGCUCAUGAAGCGGCUAGCUAUGGGACUCAGCGGUGCCUUGUUACAGCCUUCCGAUGAUGACUCCACGCCACUCGUCGCUGAUACACCUACAACCCCAACAAACCUACCCUUAUGCCUCAACGGCGGUUACAUCAACGAGGCUUCCGAAGCUGAACAACGAACUCGAGAGAGCAACCGGGAGCCUCCCACAAUACCAACCAUGCCUACGAUGCCAGUCGCGCCUGCCGCGCCUCGACGUACCGAACACUUAGUGCACGGAGAUUUAGAUGUCGAUUUCAGAAGAUGUAAUAAUAUGAAAAACAGUGAAUCCGGUGCGUGUAGCCGAACAACGUCAUCGUCGUCAGGCGCAUCGUCCUGCGGCGGCACUCCGGCCAAUAACAAUGUGCCUCGAGCCGAACCUGAGCUACGACAAGCGCCUUGGUUCCAACAUGGAAUUCCUAGAGAGAUAGCCUUGGAGGUGUUAAGCACGCAGCCCGUGGGCGCGUUCCUGGUGCGUGGCAGCACGACGCAGACCGGCUGCUACGCGCUAUCCGUGCGAGUUCCGAGGGACUUCACUCCCGCCGGCAUCGCACACUAUCUCAUACUCAGAACCCCUAAAGGGUACAAAAUCAAGGGUUUCACGAAGGAGUUCACGUCGUUGUGCGCGCUGGUGACGCACCACAGCGUGAUGCCGGAGCUGCUGCCGGUGCCGCUGCGUCUGGCGCGCGCGGCGCGGCCCCCGCCCCCGCGGCGCGACCACGCCGACAUCGACGCGCUGCACCACGCGCAGCACGCGCCGCACCACGCGCAGCACGCGCCGCACCACGCGCCGCACCACACGCCGCACCACACGCCGCACCACAGCGCGCUGCACCCGCAUCACUUCUUGGCACAGCCACACGUUUAA